AUGCGGCAUUGAUAUGCAACAAUGAUGGGCACUGAUGGGUGGCACUGACUGGUGGCACUGCUGGGCACCGAUGGGUGGCACUGCUGGGCACAGGGGCGGACUGACAACUCAUGGGGUCCCCAGGCAAUAGGGGAUCAUGGGGCCCCUGUGUCCUUGCCCACACUCAAAGCACACCCAAAAAAGCCUAUAAAAGGUACCAGGGGAAUUUCAUGGGGCCCACUACUGACCCCGGACCCUUGGGCACUGCCCAAGUGCUUGAAUGGUCAGUCCGCCCCUGG